UUUCACCUAUGUUCCACAUCUUUAUUUUAGGUUGGUUAGAUGCCUGUCGGAUUCUGGUCUGUAUCGCCUUCGUGAUGACCUUCAUCGGUCUCGCCAUGACUACAUAUGGAAUACAGAGUAUUAACUUUGGAAUGAAGUAUAAAUACUAUAACAUCGCCAUAGUUCUGCUAUUUUUAGCUGUAAUCCCUGAAUUAAUUGCGGUGAUUAUUUUUCCUGUAAAAUUCAAUGAGGAACUGAAUGGUGCAGGGUGGGUGGUCGGCUGGUCUUAUAUAAUGGCUGUCUUGUCGGCCGUUUUAGUCCUCAUAGCCGCCAUACUUCUUUGUGUUGAUCGGGGUGCAGACGAGGCGUUGAUUCGCGAAAAGACCUGUUACUAUAACGACGAAUCUAUAGAAGAAACCUUGGAAUGAUCUUUCCAGUUGUGAUUAUAAAAAAGGAUUACAGGUGUCCAUUCUGACGGAUCAAAAUGUUCCGGAAGCCUGAACCGUGUGUUCGACUGAUAUUCCCGAUAAGGUUGAUUUCUCCCUCCCCCUCCUUGAGAUAUAACGUGACACCGCCGCCAUCCGACCUCGGGAUUAAUUCAGAUUAAAGGUUGGACAUGUAUACCCCAAACCCUUACUUAGUCACGAGCAGAUUCCAUGCUUUCAUCGGCGUUCUCUCACAUCAUACCCGUAACCGUCUCUAGAGUUCACCAUCUUUUUUGACAGUUUGUGGGAGAGUUGUACACUACAACAAAGAUAAAAUUUAUUUUGACUUGUAUUCUUUGGAGGUCAGGGGUUGUUGGGGUACGCUGGAUUCCACUGACUGAGGAACUGUGUGUAUGAGAAUUUGUAAAGAACGAUCUCAGAAUGUCUACUAGCUCACCAGUACUACUAUUUGGUUUAUUUUGGUCGAUAAUUACAAUGUAUAUUUUUAUUGUAUUUAAUAAUAAAAAGAUGCGUACAAUGAAAUAA